AAGCGAGACUACUCUUCUCCUUUUCCUUCUUCUUCUUCUUCUUCUUCUUCUUGGCAACAAGCUUGCCGAUCACCAUGUGCAUGGCUGCUAUCCCCGCGGGUUCAGCUGCACCAUGCCACUGCGACCACCACCAAGAUCCCCAUGGCCUCCUCACCGCCCCUUUCGUUGUCGAGACGUCGCCGACGAAGAACCAAGCGGAGGUGUCAUCGCCACCAGCUCCGACGCUGAAGCCUCUCGGCUCGGUGUCCUUGGCGUUUGUGGAAGGGAAGUCCAUCCUGAGCCUCGCACUGCCGAUGGUGUUGACCGGCUUACUCCUCCACUGCCGCUCCAUGGUCUCCAUGCUCUUCCUCGGCCGGCUCGGAGAUCUCGCCCUUGCCGGCGGCUCCCUGGCCAUCGGAUUCGCCAACAUCACCGGCUACUCUGUUCUCUCCGGCCUGGCCAUGGGCAUGGAGCCCAUCUGUGGCCAGGCCUUCGGGGCUCGGCGUUACCAUCUCCUCGGCCUGGCGCUCCACCGCACUGUUCUCCUGCUGCUCUCCGUCUCCAUCCCCAUCGCCCUCCUGUGGUACUACAUCCGCCCCCUCCUCCUCCUCCUCGGCCAGGAACCCGCUCUCGCUGCCGCCGCAAGCUCUUACCUCCACGCCUGCCUUCCUGACUUAAUACUGCAGUCAUUUCUCCAUCCUCUCCGCAUUUACCUCAGGACGCAGUCCAUCACUCUCCCGCUGACCUUAUGCGCGGGCCUCGCCGUCGGCCUCCACCUGCCUAUCAACUACCUUUUUGUCUCUGUUCUUCACCUCGGCAUUGGCGGCGUCGCCUUGGCCUCUGUUUUGUUCAACUUCAACGUCGUGCUCUUCCUCCUCGUCUAUAUCUACUUCUCCGGCAUCAACCGCAGCACCGGUGGACUAAGCUUCAGCUCCGAGUGCUUCAAAGGCUGGAGCUCGCUUCUGAACUUGGCCAUCCCCAGCUGCAUCUCGGUGUGCUUGGAGUGGUGGUGGUAUGAGAUCAUGAUCAUCUUGUGUGGUCUUCUCCUAAACCCAAAGGCCACUGUUGCUUCCAUGGGCAUUCUUAUACAGACAACCUCUCUCGUCUACAUUUUCCCCUCGUCGCUAAGCUUUGGCGUCUCCACUCGGGUCGGCAACGAGCUCGGCGCGAACCGGCCUGACCGAGCCCGCCGAGCCGCCACGGUCGGGCUGUCGUGCAGCUUCGUGCUCGGCCUCCUCGCCUUCAGUUUCGCUUUCUCGGUGCGCCACUUGUGGGCCAGGAUGUUCACCGGCGACUCGACUAUUCUAGAGCUCACCGCGUCGGUGUUGCCCAUCCUCGGCUUGUGUGAGCUCGGCAACUGCCCACAGACCACCGGGUGUGGGGUGUUGAGAGGCAGCGCCCGGCCAAAGCUCGGUGCCAACAUAAACCUGGGCUCCUUCUACGUCGUCGGCAUGCCGGUGGCGGUGGGGCUGGCGUUUUGGACGUCUCUCGACUUCAGUGGCCUCUGGCUCGGGCUGCUCUCAGCGCAGGCGACGUGCGUGGUGCUAAUGCUCGUCGUGAUCGAGAGGACCCACUGGGAAUCGCAGGCCGAGCGGGCGCAGCAGCUCACAGGGGCAGCCACCGACGACACUGAGAAAGAAGCAGUGCCAAAAGUUGCAGCAGCAGACGGAGACGAGACAGAUUGGUUGGUUAUCAGCGUAAAGAUCGAGCAAUGAGUUCAUCAACAACAUGAACUAUCAUCCUAUCUCUUAUGAUUUCUCGGCUUGUUCUCUUGGGUAAUUAUAGAGCUUGAGAUGCAUGUACUGCGAGAGGUUUCUCUACCUGGUUUUUUCGACUGAGAGGUUGAUCAUUCCAAUUACAUUCUAUUUGAGACUGUACAUUGUUUCCACCAGAAAGAAAAAGGAGGAAAAUUUUACCUGCUUCA